GUAGCGUCGUGGAUCUCCUGCAGGUCCAUCAAGGCAAUCACCGAACACGAGUUUCUCAGCCACAAGCUGGUUGGGCACGAGGAGACAGUCAAGCACCGCAACGCUCUCUUGACUCGAUAUCGUCCACAGUAAAUUCUUCUGUUUCUUCUGUCUUUUGUGAUGUCUUGCAACCUUUGAUGUAUGAAACCAAUUGGCUUGAAUAUCGGUGGACAUAAUGGAUACCAGGGAUAAUUUGACUAGGGCUGCCCUAGUUCAAAAUAUAUCCUCUCUGAAUGAUUCCUCCAUGCUCAAACCAGAACCGCAGCCCGUGUUUACCCUUCCGCCACUCUGCUCGCAACCUUGGCACCCAAUUCCUAGCUGCAGCAGUAACCCUUUCUUCUCCAUUUUUUCGGAGGAGGACUUCCCCCCUCUUCAGUCUAAACACACACAAGGCGUGCCUGGUCCUUCCAAUCUUCUGAAGCAGUCUGGUCCGGUGAGCUUAUACCCGACUCCACCCUCCAGCGCCUCUCCAUCAAAUUGCACCAUCCCACUACCAGAAGAAAGAGGCGAAUUUACCCCCAUAUUCACCACCCAUACCCCAGGCGUCUUGGACUCGCCGACCGUUAUGCGCCGCGAGGACUUAAUUUGUCAUAGACCUCUAACGCCACCGCCGACGCAGUUACUCUACAACCUAGAGUUGCCAGGCUAUGAAGAUGAUGAUGACGACGAUUCGAUGUUUGACGAGAGUGGGCGCACAACUCCUCAUCAGAGUGAUUUUGAAGAGGAUUUUUACGAUGGGAUAUCUACCAUAUCGGAUAGCUCCGCCGAGUCAGAUUCACCGCUCUCGCCUCUAUCACCACCCUGGAAGCCACCAGAGCAUGGUCUGGCGAAGUCUCAUUGGAAUGAUCCGCCUGUCUCGAAUUUCUCGUGGUCUCCUUGUUUAGGGAGCGAGGACAUUUCUGAUGUGUCUAUACCAUUAUCCAACGACAUAACGCCCUUCUCAUCUGAUCAGGCACUUUACCUUCUUGGCGUCGACCCACCCCGUCCCAGACUCGUGCCGCUCCACAUACCCUGGUCAUCGCACCAAAACAUACACCAACUAGAUGAGGACCACCCACCCUUCCCCCACCGUCCCACGCUUCCAUUGACAGACAUCGACAUUGAUGACCCUCCAGAGCUCAGAUCCCCUCAUCUCUCCCUUGCAGGUCUCCCUGAGCUAGAGUACGAAAAAGCGUCACCUCAUAUACCACCAUCAUCUCCCAGCAGGCGUUCCUGCUCCUCUCUCCCCGACGACACAGACAACCUACCACCUUCUCCAUCCUCUCCUGGCCAAUCUCUCCUCUCGCUUCCAGGUGCUGACACAGACGACGACCUCCUCCCCGAUGCAUCCACAUUCGCGCCCCUCACGUCAUUCCAAGGUGUCCCGUUCAUCCCUAGCCAGCCAUUACUGUUUAUCCAUGAUCCGAGGGAUGUGCCCCUCCCGCGCUCACCCUCGCCCGAGGAUUUUAAUCUCUGUCUCUCCUCACACGAUAUGGACAACGACCCCGAACUUGCACAGCUCUUUGAGUUGCGAAAACGUGCGCUUGCUGCAGUGCAGGGGCCAUUUGAGGGCCCGGAAUGCACAGAGCCAUGCAUGCGUAAAUCGAGGAAGAAGAGGGAGCGGGAGAGGAGCAAGGAGGUCGGAGCUCUACUGAGGCUAAAGCUGGGCGACAAGCUCGGUAUGGAUGUAAAUGAGGGGAAGAGCCCGGAACGCCGCAGGAAGGGCGUCAUUGGGAGUAUAUCCCAGCUAGUCGCGCAGAUGGUGUUCCGGCGGCACGAGGCUUCACGACCGUUGACGAAACGCAAAUCGGUGCUAUCUGCGCAUGAAUAUGUGCAUUCCCCGCUUUCGGCGUGUAUUGCUGCUGAUUCGUAGCUACGGGGGUUGGAUCAGUGGCUGUUUUUUUAGGUGCGUGGGCUUGGAUUGCGCGUGCUUUGUGUGGGGUACUUAUUUUGGGUGUGUGGAUCUGGUGUAGACUUCAGAUCUGAGGUGCAUUGUUUGGCGCUGUACGCUCAACUGUUAUGUUGUUGGAUUAUGUCCUUUGUAUGCCUUUAGCUUGUAAUCGCUUUUGACACCGCUAGCACGGAACCGCUCUCCCAAACCCCUUGUUUCAACUCCUUUGUUCUCCAUCUAUUGGAUUUAUGCUUGCAGAUAUAGGAAUAGGCGCCCGUAUGCGACGGGAAAAAAAAACUAACUACUUUGAAGGCCAAAUCGUUGUACAUCACACAUGCCAGAUUCAUAAUAUCUAUGCAGUUCCGCUAUUGAUUCUUUACAUGCAUUCGUUCAUGGUGUUCGAAGUUCGAAGCGCAGCUUCGAGUGGGAAAGCUACGAGCAAUUUUGAAAGUUCUGAU